UCGACGUUCAGCUCCUGUGACAAGUUCUUUUCAAGAACUGUUUGUUUCAUGGUUCAGUUUCGUAUUCGUAUAUUACUUUUGUUCGGUCGUACGAAAAGAAGGUAUUAUAUAAUAUAAAAUUGUAAUUUUAUUUAAAUGUUUUAUUAAAUUAAAAUAUUACAAAAUAAAAAUAUAUAUUAGUAAAAUAUGGCUGAUGCACCAUCUAAAUCUCGUCCAAUGAAAUAUCCAUAUACAACAGCUGCGCAAAUAGCACAGUUUCCAUAUCGGCAUUAUUUUAAACAUAGUUGGUUAUUGAAAUACUGGAUGAUUGCUGUAGUUAUCUCUGCACCAUUAUUUAUAAAAAUUCAAAAAUUAUCCUACUCAGAAGGAAACGUUAAAGUAUGGAACGAAAAGAGAAAGAAAGAAUUUGAAGGACAUGGUCAUUAAGAAAAAAACUUCAAUUAGUACAUAGCAUGUUGUAACAUUAAAUGUAAAAGAAUAAAUAAAGUAAUCUGUACUCAUAUAA